AUGGGACUGAGGGCCUGGCUGCGGGCCGCCUGCUGCUGCUGCCCCUGCCCCUGCCCCUGCCCCUGCCUGCCGGCGCCCGCCGCGCCCGAGAAGGAGCCGCUCGUCCGUAAUAGCAACCCAUAUUCUUCAUUCGGAGCAACUCUGGCAAGGGAUGAUGAAAAGAAUUUGUGGAGUAUGCCUCAUGAUGUGUCCCACACAGAGGCGGACGAUGACAGAAUCCUGUACAAUUUAAUAGUGGUUCGCAAUCAGCAGGCCAAAGAUUCAGAGGAGUGGCAAAAACUCAAUUAUGAUAUCUACACCCUGCGACAGAUUCGAAGGGAAGUGAGAAAUAGAUGGAAACACGUUUUAGAAGAUUUAGGUUUUCAAAAGGAAACAGACUCUUUGUUGUCAGUGACGAAACUCAGCACCAUCAGUGACUCUAAAAACACAAAGAAAGCUCGAGAGAUCUUGUUGAAACUGGCUGAGGAGACCACUAUUUUCCCAACAGGUUGGGAGCUCUCUGAGAGAUACCUCUUUGUUGUGGACCGUCUCAUCGCUCUCGAUGCUGCAGAAGAGUUCUUUAAAAUUGCCCGUCAAACUUACCCCAAGAAGUCUGGGGUGCCCUGCUUGGCAGAUGGCCAGAAAGAACUGCACUGCCUUCCAUUUCCAAGUCCCUAG